CUAUUGGGAGUUGGACUAAUCGUGAGCCUAUAAAUAGUCAUUCAGGGUUAUUGGUUUGGUGUGUGCUUUCGGAGAUUGGAAGACACCAUUUAGAGAAGAUGUGAGUUGAAAGAGACUCAUUCUAGGAGGUGCCGUUGUGGGUUGAAAGUGACUCAUUCUGGAGGGUGCCAUUGAGACAUCGUUUAGAGAGAUCCGUGUGUGGAUCAAUUGAGAGUUCUGAUAAUUUGAGAGAUUUUAGAGAGUUGCAAGCUUUGAGAGAUCGGGUGUAUUUGGGAAUUCUCUAUUGAGAAUUUGGGUUGUGAGGAGAGAGGUUAUUUGAGUGGAAGAACCAAAACGUUCUUCAAAAGUUUGUAAUCUUCUUCUUGUUUAGUGGAUCCACCAUCAACAUCACCCGGGGACGUAGGUCAACUGUUUGACCGAACCUCGUCAACAAUCUUGUGUUUGCUUGCAUAGUUUGUGAUUACUGUCUUCAUUCGGUUUCGGUCUUGGGCUAGGGAAUUUGAAAGGUGACCCGAAUUUCCUAACAAAAGGUUCACGAUCAUCAUGCACGAGAUCUCUCGAUUCAAGUGUUGGAAAAAUUCUCUCUCGUGACAAAAUUUGCUCGAGAAAAAACUUGGCACUUCUGUGGUGAUUCGAACAACUUCUCUGAUAGAAGUCCAGUCUUGUCACCUUUGGGGUGUGAUGAGUGGUACACCUUGUUGGAUUCUCAAGGGUGGAUCAUGGAUUCAGAAGCUUUAAGAAAGAGAGUAUUUUAUGGGGGAGUUGAGCACAAAUUACGGAAAGAGGUCUGGCCAUUCUUGCUGGGACACUAUGCAUAUGAUUCAACAUAUACAGAGAGGGAGUAUGUUAAGGCAAUGAAGAAAGCAGAGUUUGAGACACUAAAGAAGCAAUGGCAGAGUAUCUCGGCUAUCUCCCCAGAGCAGCGCAUUAUUGACAAAGAUGUGGUGAGGACCGACAGAUGUCUCUCCUUCUCCAAUGGGGAUGAUAAUCCAAAUGUGAAUCUGUUGCAUAACAUAUUGUUAACAUACUCGUUUUACAACUUGGAUCUUGGUUACUGUCAGGGUAUGAAUGGGGACAGAAGCUCAAUAUUGUUUGUACUGGGGGAUGAGUCAGAAUCAUUUUGGUGUUUUGUUAAACUGAUGGAGCGCCUUGGCCCCAAUUUUGACCGUGAACAUAAAGGCAUGGACUCUCAACUUCUUGCUUUAAGGAAGUUGGUGGAGUUGUUAGAUAGACCAUUGCAUAAUUACUUUACACUGCAGCGUAACUGCUUGGAAUACCACUUUUGUUUCCGCUGGGUUCUGUUACAGUUCAAAAGGGAAUUUGAAUUCGACAAGACAUUGAGAUUAUGGGAGGCUCUGUGGACACAUUAUCCAUCUGAGCACCUGCACUUGUAUGUGUGUGUUGCGAUACUCAAGCGAUACCGUGGUAAGAUCAUUGGGGAGCAGAUGUAUAAAGACACUCUAAUCAAAUUCAUCAAUGAACUGAGUGGUCAAAUAAAUCUUGAUGGCCUUGUGAGGGAUGCAGAAGCUCUGUUCAUAUGUGCUGGUGAGAAGGGUGAUGCUUGCAUUCCACCUGGAACAACCCUCACUGCCUGUUGAUGGUGGUUUGUUGUACCCUCAGGAAGAACUAGAUGGCUUUAUUCAUUCACCCAUCUUUAAACUUGAUACGAACACUUUUUGUGCCAUCACAAGAUAAUUGGUGCCUUGUCAAGACAAUUAGCUUGUGUGUGUAUCAACAUCCGUGGAUUUUGAGACUUAGAUAUGUUCACUUUAUGGUGCUAUCAUCUAUUGGUGUCAACAUUUUUUUCUUUUAUAUUUUCUGAAGGAAAAAAAACAAAGAUAUACAAGUGUUUUUUGUUGAAUAUGGUAUGACCUAUUUUCUUCAAAACCCUAAUCUGUAUCAAAUCUUAUCCUUCGAUUGCUUAUAUCAAAUCUCGUGAUGAUCAACUUCUCAUGUGAAAUGGAUCAUUUUGGAAUGUGCAUUGUCCUCAUUUUGCCUCGGAUUGAAUGACAACGCACAUUUUAGGACGACUGCCUUAACUCAAACCCAAAUGACAAUGCACAUCUCAUUGUUUGGGAGCAUGUUUAUUCAUAGCAUCCAUGAUCAUAGGCCCGAUCAGGUUGGACCCCAACCUCAGAACCAAAUUUUGAGCCUCAAACGUUGACAAUGCACCCAUACU